GUUGAAAAACGUCAUGUCGGAUCCCCUUUCCACUUUCACAGAUUUAUGAUUAACUCGCUCAUAAAAAUAUCGCGUUGAUGAUGGCGAAUUCGUGAUAAUUCGAGUUUGAAGCGGCUGUGUUUACUCCUUUGAUCCGACCCAAAAAUUUCAGCUUUUUCCCAGCGAACCUCAUGGAGACAUCAGGAGUCUGUGAGAUUGAUCUGGCGGGCAGAAGAAUUGUAGGAGAUGAUUCUCCACCAGAGCUGGACAGCCCAUGUCAGGAGGAAGAUGUGGGGUUUCAUUUGGAUUUGUGCUGCACUGAGGAGGAAAGGGGGGAGACUCCAGGCAGAGAGGACAGUCCCAGCGACCUGGGGGAGGCAGAGCUUGAUCCUGGAGGAGACAGUAAGACUGGAGAGGACAAGGCUUUUGGGAAGGAGGUCGUUCUUUUAAUGCAAGCUCUGAACUCUCUCGCUACUCCUGAAGAAAAACUGGCUGCUCUGUGCAAGAAAUAUGCCGACUUGCUGGAGGAGAGCCGCUGCAUGCAGAAGCAGCUGAGAGCUCUGCAGAAGAAGCAGUCCCAGAUCGUGAAGGAGAAGAUCCACCUGCAGGGGGAACACAGCAAGGCCAUCCUGGCUCGCAGCAAGCUGGAGAGUCUGUGCAGGGAGCUGCAGAGGCACAACAAGACCCUGAAGGAGGAGAACGCCCAGCGGUCCAGAGAGUACGAGGAGCAGCGGAAGGAGGCCAUGCUGCACUUCCAGAUGACGCUGGGCGACAUCGAGGUGCAGAUGGAGCAGCACAGCUCACACAACACCAAGCUGAGGCAGGAGAACAUGGAGCUGGCUGAGAAGCUGAAGAAGCUCAUAGAACAGUACGAGCUGAGAGAAGAGCACAUAGACAAAGUGUUUAAGCACAAGGAGCUGCAGCAGCAGCUGAUGGACACCAAGCUGCAGAGAAUCACUGAGAUGAUGAAAGAAGUGGAGGAGAAGCAGCAGCGAGAGAGAGAGUUUCUGCUGAAGGAUGCAACAGAGUCCAGACGCAAGUGUGAGAUGAUGAAGGAGCAGGAGGGACAGCUUAAACAGCAGCUCUCCCUCUACAUGGACAAGUUUGAAGAGUUUCAGAGCACUUUGGCCAAAAGCAAUGAAGUCUUCACUACUUUCAGACAAGAGAUGGAGAAGAUGACCAAGAAGAUCAAGAAGCUGGAGAAGGAGACGACCCAGUGGAGGACCAAAUGGGAGAAUAACAACCAGGCCCUGCUGCAGAUGGCAGAGGAGAAAACGCUGCGUGACGGCCACUUCAAGGCUCUGCAGGGGAAGCUGGAGCUGCUGGAGAGGUUGUGUAGAGCUCUGCAGAAGGAGAGGAACGACCUGAACAACCAUCUCAGCCUCCUCCAGGAGCAAGGGGACAAAGGGACCACAUCAGCCCCCACCGCCCAGGAACAGCAGCCAUCUGCCUUGGAGGUGGAAGAAGAUGACGACUAUGAGGAGGAGCAAGAAAGAAAUUCCGAGGAUUUAGUGCAGGGUGAGAAGCUGGAGACCGGGGGCAUUCAGAAAGGCCCCGGUCAGCCCAACAUGGACCCCACGCAGGCUGCUACAGAUGAAACCACUACUGCUCCACCCACCAGCCCCCUCGCAGAAACAACGCCCGCCCAGCAGGACGCUCUCUGAGUCUUCAUCACCGUUUGACUCAAAGAACUGAUGCAGGAAUUUAUCAAACUUCACCACAUUUACCUUCGUUGUAAUAAGCAGCCUCCUGUUUUCUACACGACUCCACUUUCACACUGUCCGCUUUAAUUUUUCUUCUGUUAGCCCCUCCCGUCCCGUCCGCCACGUCUCCAAACCGCAAGACAGGGGGUCUGGAAAGAUGAGGAGGAAAUGGCUUGAACUGGAGACCAGGAUGUUUUUCUUUGAUCCAAGAUCCUGAUUCCUGACCUUUACGAAGUCUGAGCCGUAUUAUCUGGCCUUUCUCAUUUAAAAUAAUGUCAGGCACGAUAACUGUCUCCAAACCAUCCAGGAAUAUUUAGUAGAAGCAAUUUGGACUGAUGAUGGAGGAAUUUGGAUAAAAAAUAUGUAGAAUCAGUGAAUUUCUGCUAAAAUUCAGUUGCUUUGAUGCCUGAAAUGAAGCUGCCGGCCUUUAAGAUCCAAAGGGAGCUUUCAGACGUUAAUGUGGACCAAAGCAGCCUGACGCUCACGUCUUCCUCCGCUGCAGGAAUCCGGUUUUCUCAUGAUUUUCUUUUACGGCGUCAUGGAAAUUAUCCUGGAAGGCGACUGAGGGGAUGAUUGGGUUCUGUUGUCAGAUGUUUUUAAUCUUUUACAUCAGUCGGUUUGUUUUCCAUCAAAGUCAAACGUUUGUUGACAUAGAAACUGGAGAGACGAUUAGACACCAGAAACAAAGUUUGAGGAAAGUUAAAUCAUUUCCAUUUCUAAGUAAUUAAGAGUCCGUUAGAAGGAAAAGUCGUUUGGUCUGUGAGUAGUUUGACUUUGCUGCACUUCUACUAGUUAAAUGACAGAAAGAAAGAAGGGCAGAAUUCAUCCAGCAGGAACCUGUCGUCUGUCUUCCCUGUUAGCCUUCAUCCCUUCUUCCGUCUCAUGAAGUGAUGCUGGCGCUGUUGAAGAGGUGAAAGGUGGUUUUGGAAUAAGCAGAUUGUGACUGUAGCGCAGGGUGGAGAUGCAGGACGACGGCUGUAUUUGCUCCAAGUCCUUCAUGUAAAUGUUAGAAAAAUGUCCGAAUGACGGGUUUGAAUGCGAUUUGCGUUUCUAAGGAGUGAAUAGAGAGACCUGGCUUUCUGUCCUGAUGAAUGUCAUGAGGAACUCUAACAAAGUUAUAAUAAGUUACAAUUGGAAAUUUAUCAGUGUGUAUUUAGACGAAAUGUGAAUGUAGGAAAUACCAGCAGGGUCAAAUCAGCUUCUCAGUCUGAAAUCUUUUCUGUAUGUUGUAGGAGUCGUUCUGAUCAUUUCUGAUUUGAGGUUUAAAAAAUUCAGGUUUUCUAUCUGGGCACCUUUUCUUUAACUCCAAUAGCUCAUAAUGCAGCACUUAAUGAAGGUCUGAUUUCUUCUUUGUGUCCUCAUCUGUGGGUACAAGCCUCCUUUACGAUCUUUCCAUCAUGUGACAUACCAAAGUGGAGGGGUUGAGGACCGGAUCCGAUGAGUUCCUUUCAUGUGAUGUGGCUUCAUGUUAAAUUUCUCCUCAUAAGAAGCGAGCAUGUGGUGGACAAGUUGAGGAAGACCUUGCAUCUGUCGCCCAUGUUUAUGCCCCAGACUGACUCAGGUAACGUCAGAAUCUACCUCUGCAGGUGAGACUGUGAACGAGUCACCGGAGCGCUUUAUUUUUACUGAAACGAUGAGCUGACAGCCCCUUCUUGAUUGUACAACGUUCUUACAACCCUGUCUCGCUUUUGAAUAAAUAUUUUGUAGGAUUUGCAAUAA